CGCGGAACAGGCGGCGCUGGGGAGACUGGGAGAAGUGCGCGGCGUGCGCGAGCACGAGGCUUAGUGGCCUCCCUCAAGGCAGAGGCAGCGGGCGCGCGCGGCGGUGGCGGGUGCGAGUCGCGGGCUGUUGUGCUGCCGGCUCUUGCCUUUCCCCUCCUUGGCGGGUGGAGGAGGCCGAAGCGGUGCUGGGCGCGCUCCCCUUCCUCUCCCUCCGGCCACCUCCCCCCGCAAGCCCUCUCGUGCUGCGCGGUCUCUCCGACGCAAGACUGUCCCGGCCCGGAUAUGGCUCGUGGACAGCAGAAGAUUCAGUCUCAGCAGAAAAAUGCCAAAAAGCAAGCUGGACAAAAGAAGAAGCAAGGACAUGACCAGAAGGCUGCUGCCAAAGCUGCCUUAAUAUAUACCUGCACUGUCUGUAGGACACAAAUGCCAGACCCUAAGACCUUCAAGCAGCACUUUGAGAGCAAGCAUCCUAAGACUCCACUUCCUCCAGAAUUAGCUGAUGUUCAGGCAUAAAGUUGUUUACAGGUGGAUACGUGACACCUUUGAUUCUUCUACUGUCUCAGACCUUAGGUAACAAACCUGCAGCUGCUUUUCUAACAAACUGUUGAUCAGCAAAAUAAAGGGGCUACAGAAACACUCAUUUUUAUGCUGUUCCCUUUUGGGCUUCAUGCAAAGACAAUUCUGUGUAAAUGUACAGUUGACUCUGAUUUGGAAAUCUGAAAAUCAGUCCAUCCUUGUUAUAAAAAAUUUUUUUACAAUUGUAAUUAUAUUGAUGUUCAUAUUGUGUAAAAUAACUCAUUUAAUAAAGUAGUACUUUGAUUUUACAACAUCACAGGAUAAAUGGUUUUAGAAAUUCUGUUCUUUCUACAUUAUUUGCCUUAUAAAAAUCUAAUGAAUUCAUCAGCUGAAAUUGCAAGCGCAGUUCUUAGGUCCUUUUCUCAGUUCAGGGGCAGGUUCAUAGUUAAACCAGAGCAGACUCAUUCACUAAUUUGUGCACAGGAUUUUAUUGGCAGUUGCUGACCUAGGUGAAGAAUGACUUACCUGCUGCCUUAGUAUAUUGCAAUCGUGUCAUUUUUCCCUCUUCCUGUGAUUGAGGUUGGACUAUUUGAGCUUGCUAUGUGACCUGGCUAUACCUGCCAGCCAGGUAUAGCCUGUAGAUAACUAAUAUAUUCUUCAGAUUGGUUGGGUUGUCAGUAAGCCCUUCUAAAAAAUUACGUUCUAAAGUAUUCGCCACAUGAAAUAAGCAGUCUGUUGUAUAAUAUAAAAUAUGGAACAUUUGUGAACUGGUAAAGCGCUAUCUUUUAUAAAUUAUACUUGAUUCUUUGAAAAUUGUGUAAGUUCUUUGAUUUGAAAUUGAAGUUCGUAAUUUUGGAAGGGGUUUUUGGAAGUUAAUAACAAUUUGGCCAAUUUAUGAAUGGAUUUUGCAGUAACGGAAGGAUUGGAAUGACUUGUGGCUGGAUUAAUUCCCAGAACCGUCUCCUUUCUUUCCUUUUUAAGUUAAUAGUUGAUUUUAGGAGUUUACUUUGUGCUGGUUCCUAAAAUCAAAGACUGUGUAUAGUAUGACUUCCAUGUGAACUAGAAAAGUAUUAAAAUAGGCCAAUAUCCACAUUUUUCUUUUUUUACUCUUAAGGAUGGGGAAGUGGGUUGGUUCCGAUAAAUGCAGUAAAUCCUACCCAAUUAAAAAAGACUAAUUUUAGAUUUCUUCUAAUUUGCUUUUGCCAACUGUUAAUACUAAGUGAAACCGCUGUAACUCAGUUUAAAUUUUAAAGUUGAUUUAAUAGGAAGAACAUGCAAAUAUUUACUGGUAUUGCUUAGAGCCGCAGAUCUGAUCCUGUGGAUUGAUUACAAAAUGCAUUCCCUCUUUCUGCUGUAACUCAUCACUGCAUUUGUUUUAUAGCUGUGCAUUUUCUGCCCACCUUGUUUGUCUUUAGUGUAAGUUUAAAAUAAGAUAUUUUCAAGAAAAAGCUUCAGUGGUGAUAGUUUCUUAGCAACUCCUCUUCUUAUACUCUUACUUUAAAAUAGUCAUUUUUUCCAUGUACUUAAUUUCCUCAGUUUCAGAGUUAUUAUCUGUUAAUUCCAAAUAUGUUGGUUACUAGAAUAUUAGAAUUUACCUAAUUGCUUACAGUGGGUAUUACAGAAGUUAUGGUUCAAUUACAAUUUUAAAGUUUUUAAAAGUGCUUUGAGCAUAUGUAUGUUUAUGUUAGUAACAGAUCAUUUACAAACCUUUUACAAGUUUUGGGUUUUUUUUUUUUAAUUUGCUUUAUUGACUGUAAUUCAGAAUAAAAGCAUUAUGUUCUUGUGUUUAACCCUUUUUUAUAAGCAGCUGAAGACACCAUAUUUAAUUAGAUCUCAGUGAUAAGGAAAUGGCUCCACUGAUGUUGAUAAAACAUUCUUAUACUUCAUGUGAGGAUUAUUAGUGCAGUCCCCUUUUGUUUGGCUUAAAUCUACGAGAAGGGGAAGAUUUUCAGCAUCUUCAUCAUUUAAUUUGAAGAUUCUUUAACAGAUGACAGCUUAGUUCGUUAUAAAACUGUUAUGGUGUCUUCGAAGACUUGAUAAAAUACACAGAAUUGCUCCUGUUGUAUUCUGUAUUACCAUUAGUUGCCAAAAGGAAUGGGGUUAAGAUGACACUUGUUUCCGUUCUCUUUCUUAUGGAUCUACAUCCCCAUGUUUACCUGACACAUUGGGGGCUCAGUUGUGUGCUGUAAUGUCUUAUUAAAGAAGAUAUUAAAGAAAA